GAAAGCGAACGGAUAGCAUUAGAAAGAUUAAGACUCGAAGCGGAAAACCGGAGUCUAAAUUCGGAAGGUCCGGUGGAUUCGACAAUGAGUCCCAGAGUUAAAAGUUUGGAUGAAAUUGUGAAAACUAUAAAAUUGCUGACGGUGAGGGUUCCCGCAGGGUCAGAAGGCUGGAAUUAUUUUUUUAACAGUUUAGAAAAGGCCCUCGCGAGUGAGAAAGUAGCGGAUAAUUUAAAAUCUAAGGUGUUAAUGUGUUUGUUAGGAGACAAAGCUGCGCAUCUUUUAACUUAUUUAGAGGAAGAACAGUACGAGGAUUACGAGGCUUUGAAAACCAUAGUGCUUCGGGAAUAUGAACCUUCACCUAAGACUUGUUUGGAAAAUUUUAAGCGGGCUAAAAGGAACCCGGAGGAAAAUUUUACUCAGUUUGCUACAAGAUUAAAUUCUAUGUGGAGUUAUUACUGCAAAUUGAGGGGAGCGACGGAUCUGGAAACUGUCAAUCAGUUAGUAGUUGUGGACAGAUUAAUGGAAACGCUCGAUACGGAAACUGCUACUCAUAUUGGUAUUAAGCAAGGUGAAAAUUGGUGGAAACCAAAGGAGUUAGCGAGAGAAUGCGAUAUGUUUUUUUUCGGCAACCGGGAAAUCUUACGCUAA